ACUGUUUCCUGCUUAUAAUACCAAUACGAACGCUGCUUAUUGCCGGAGACAGAGGAAGGGAGAUGGCGGAAAAGGGAAUUGUGGUGAGAGAGUACGAGGAGGAGAGGGACCGCCUGAGGGCGGAGGCCAUGGAGCGGAUGUGCGAGGUGGGACCCAGCGGUGAGAUGAGUCUCUUCACCGACCACCUCGGCGACCCCGCCUCCCGCGUCCGCCACUCCCCGGCCUUCCUCAUGCUGGUGGCGGAAAAAAGUGGGCCGGUGAAAGAGAUCGUGGGGCUUAUUCGCGGCAGCGUGAAGACCGUCACCUGCGGCAAGACCAUCUCACGUAACGCCGCCGCCGCCCCUGCCGCCGCCGCGAAGCGCCACGACCCGCUCCCCAUCCCUAUCUACACUAAAGUCGCCUACAUCCUCGGCCUCCGCGUCUCCCCCUUCUACCGGAGGAUGGGAACUGGGAUGAAGCUGGUGAGAAGGUUGGAGGACUGGUUCAAAGAGCAGGGGGCGGAGUACGCGUACAUGGCGACGGAGAAGGACAAUGAAGCAUCGAUUCGGCUGUUCACCGGGCGGUGCGGGUACUCCAAGUUCCGGACACCGGCGAUCCUGGUCCACCCGGUGUUCGCCCACCGCCGCACCAUUCCCGGAAGCGUCCGCAUCCUCCGCCUUCCCCCGGCCGACGCCGAGACCCUCUACCGCCGCCGCUUCUCCACCACGGAGUUCUUCCCCCGAGACAUCGAUGCCGUCCUCUCCAACCCCCUCUCCUUCGGCACCUUCCUGGCCGUGCCUGCGGCCGCCGCCAGCGGCGGACGGGGAGGAUGGGAAUGGCCGGGGGCGGAGGAGUUCCUGGCGGCGCCGCCGGAGUCGUGGGCGGUGGUGAGCGUGUGGAACUGCGGGGGGGUGUUCCGGCUGGAGGUGCGGGGGGCGUCGAGGGUGCGGCGGGGGCUGGCGUGGGCGACGCGGGCGGCGGACCGGGCGCUGCCGUGGCUGCGGAUCCCCUCGGUGCCGGACAUAUUCCGGCCGUUCGGGGCGCUGUUUCUGUAUGGAAUAGGGGGGGAGGGGCCGGCGGCGGCGGGGAUGGUGGGAGCGCUGUGCCGGCACGCGCACAACAUGGGGAGGGGGGCGCCGGGAGGGUGCGGGGUGGUGGCGGCGGAGGUGGCGGCGUGCGAUCCGCUCCGGCGGGGGAUCCCGCACUGGCGGAGGCUGUCGUGCGCGGAGGACCUGUGGUGCGUGAAGCGGCUGGCGGAGGGCUACGGCGACGGCGGGGCGGUGGGGGACUGGACCAAGUCGACGCCGGGGGAGUCGAUAUUCGUGGACCCCAGGGAGUUAUGAUGCUUCCUCCCCGUCCCCUUCCCUCCCCGCCGGCGGGUGGCGGACAGGGGUUGUAUCUUUUGCGCAAAAUAACGAUUCUCCUUCCUUCGCGCGAUCCACCGUUGGAUGCUGCAAUGGUCGCUUCGAGAUCUGUACAGACGGUGAGAAGAAGGUUUCGAAGUGCUUCGCGAUCUGUGCAGGUUAUGAUCCAACGGUCGAUGUCACGUAAGAAGAGCAUUCAUUCUUUCCCCGGAAGAUACAACCUGAACCCGCUGGGGACGUGGCGACAAGAGGUUGGGGCUCUUCUGGUAUUGCCUUUUUAGCUUUGAAAAGAUUUGUGCAGGAAUCUAGAUAUGGAGGGGAUGGAUGGGGGAAUCCCGUGAAAGAUGUGGCGGAAACAAAGUUGGCUUUUUGGUUCUAUUUGCUUUGCCGAGUUCCAUUUCUCUCUCUUUUUAAAAUU